CCCAAUUCCCAGUAAAUACGGCGGCGGUCUUGCGAACUACUAGUACUAAAGUGCAGUAGAAAUAUCUCAACCCCUAGAGAGAGAGAGAGAGAGAGAGAGCCCAACGAUCCUCGACGAAGUUAGAUCGUGUUUUCUAUUCACCUAUGAUCAUUGGAUUAUGCUCCUACGUAUCAACAGAAUAGCUGGAAACUAACUGGUUACCCUCUUGUGGUACAGUUUGUAUUAUCCGUCAAUUUCUUGGAGAUAUCUUGUCAGGUUUGAUUAUUUUGAACGGUUUUGGCGUAUUGAAGGACAAGAAGUGGGGAUGAUUUGGGGUCCUUAUUUGUUAGUUAAUCAUGAUUGUUACCUGAUUGACAUGGUCAGCCAACUAGAUAUUGUGAGAAGAGAUGAGUUUGUUCAAGUGCUUGACCAGACUUUGUAUUUAGGCAUACUAAUUUUCUGAAAUUUGGCUUGUAGAACUCGUAGAAUGGGUUGUGUUGGGCCACUUGACAUUGAGGAUUAUGCGCAGGUUUUUGCCAGAAGAGCCUAUCUGAGAGGGUUUUCUGACUAGCAUCUUUCCCAGGGUAGGAAUCGAAAAUUGAGGCUUUUGGACUACUUCUGUUCCGCAUUUAGUUUAAUGGUCACAUAAUGGUGCCUGAACUUCUCUCAUACCUCCAAACUUUCUGGCUUUUCUCGCUACAUAAAGUUGAUGAUUUGGAAGUAUCGGACAGAUUAGUUCGUGGUCUCUCCAUACCUGAGCAAACAAAGCAAUUUGUAUUUGCCAUCUCUGAACCUGAAUCCCAGUCCGUAAUUUACAUACUAGCAGCGCAAAACUUGUCUGAGCAAGCAGCUUUAGAUGCAGAGUGUCUUAUUAAAGAGGUUCGCCCAGAGGCGGUCAUGGCUCAGGUUACUCCUUCAGUCCUCAUCGAGAUUUUAGCAGAGGAAGCAAGAUCGAAGGAUAAUAUGGUGAAACAAAUGCCAACUUCUACCUUUGGGGUACUUAAAGGUUGUACUGUUGGCAAGUUAAACAAGGCGACGUAUGAAAGUAUUGCUGGGAAUCUCGUUUUGCAAGAAAUUUUCGGGGUGGGUUUUCACAAGCAUUACUUGGUUGCCAAAAGGGCUGCAGAAGAUGUCGGGUCCGUUUUCUUUUUGCUCAGUUCUCCUUGUAUGAAUGCUGAGAGUGACUCUUGUCGUGAACUCAGUUUGGGAAACAAGCUUCAAGCUUUAGUCCCACAACAACCUGUUUUGGCCCCAAAGAAUGUGGAUUCUGCUUUGUCAAACAGAUUCUGCCUCUCUGAUGAUCUGCAAUCCGAGCUGGUCAGUUGUUUGUCUUCAUUUCUUGAACAGUCAGAUUUGAAAGUAGCUUCCAUUUCUGAAUUUCAAAUUGGACAGGUUCAACCCAGAUGCAAUUACCAGGCCCCACCAUUUUCUCAAUCCAUUUAUCCUUUACUCACAGACUUCAAUAGCAUUUUUGUUGAUCUACCAUCAAUUGAGAAGGCUUUGUCUUGUGCACAAAAGAUGCUUUUUGAUAUUGACAGAGGUGACGUUGUGGAUGCCCAACUGCUAUCUGAGGUUCAUACCUUCAGACUUGCAGUUGAACGGCUACGAAUUGCACUGAACAAAGCCGGUCGAAGCCCUAUGGGAAAAGUCCGAGGCUCAGCUACUAAGGAAUUCUCCAAACUUCCUAUGAGUGAGAAGUCUCAUGUUGUUCUAGCACAAGCCCUUCGGAGUAAAACCAAACAUUUCAAAUCCAUAGUAGCUAUUGUGGAAGCUAGUAGCUUAGCAGGCCUUAGAAAAUAUUGGAGGACUCCAGUGUCCUGGGAUUUUGAACAUUUGGUGAAACAGUCGAUUAGAAAGUAUGACGAUGAACAAGAGAGGCUUGCCAUUGGCACUGUCGACAAGAAGUUACUCACAGAAAAUCCAAUGGUAGCAGUUGGAGCAACAGCAAUUUUAGGAGCUUCAUCCAUUCCAAAACUUGUCUCUUUAUCAACUUUCAUUAAACUGGUUACCUUUAAAUUCCCUGUGUCAUUUAAAUUGCUUUUGACAUAUACUCAAAAGGCAGCAGCUCAAGGAAUUGCGGCUUAUGGAGCUAAAACCACUUCUGUGUUGAAAGCAGCUGCUUCUGCCGAAAAAAUUCGUGCGGUGGCCCAUGGGCUUAUAGCCUCUGCUGAGAAAAGCAGUCUUUCGAUCAUGAAGACAGCAUUUUAUCAGAUAAUGAGGAGAAAGGGUGUCCAGCCGAUUGGGCUUAUGCCGUGGACAACUUUCUGUUGCAGCGGGGCUACUUUUGGAGCUUUGUUCAUGUAUGAAGAAAAUAUCGAAUGUGGUGCGGAAUCUAUUCCUACAGCUUCCUCAAUUGCCUGUUUGGGUCGUGGGAUUCGAAAUUUACAUCAGGCGUCUCAGGAAGUUAAGCAGGCAAAUGCAUCAACAAUGCAUGGGAAUAUGGAAUCCAUAAUGUACAGAUGCAAAAAAAUGAAGAAGUAAGGUAAUAUUAACCUUUUUUUCUCAGCAUACCGAUUGGGCCCCUUCUUGAAUUUAUGUGUAAAUAUUGCUUAUGGUGUCAUUAAUUUGGACUAGUAGUUUUCAAGAUCAAGGAAUCUGUGAGAAACAAAAAUUUUGAUC